CGAUUAUCCUAGUUAGGUCAAGGUAGAUGGCUGUCGAGGAAAAAUGGCGGCGUUUAAACUUUAUGGUUUGGUCGUGUCUCCUUUUUGAUGCCUAGUUUAAUAUGAGUAACCUUUUGAUUGAUCUGUGUUAACUAGAUUGAAUCCUUUUCAUUAGGACUUCGAAAAAACAUUGUUCUUUUUGGUAUGGAGGCUGUUACAUUCCAUAUUUGAUCUAUAUUUAUAGCAAAAGGAAUCAAUAAUUUUACUCGCUUUUGCAAAGAAAUUGCAACUUCUGGCGGGCUGUCUAAAUAGCAGAAAAUAUGAAAAGUCUCACCAGUUUGUAAGACUACAUAGGUAGCACCUCAUGUGACAAAUAUCACUUCGGCUGACAUGGCUGAGUCGAAGGAAGGAAAGGAGCAGAAAGUUGGAAGCAGUUUGACUGUUGAGUCAGUUCGUGGGAUUGCCGAGUCUGUUGGAAUCGGUAACUUGUCUGAUGAGGCAGCUGCUUUUCUCGCAGAAGAAUGCACGUACUCCUUAAAAGAGAUUGUUCAGGAGGCAAAAAAGUUUUCACAACGUUCAAAAAGGAGAAAAGUAUCAACUACAGAUUUUGAUGUAGCUUUGCGCUCAAAGAAUAUUGAGCCGCUUUAUGGGUUCCGUGCACCAGACUUUAUCCCAUUUCGUUUUGCAAGUGGAGGAGGAAGGGAACUCUUCUUUAACGAGGAAAAAGAACUGGAUCUUCAGGAGGUCAUUAACAGUCCUAUGCCUAAAGUGCCACUGGAGAGUUCGUUGAAAGCUCACUGGCUCAGCAUCAAAGGAGUGCAACCUUCAGUGCCAGAAAAUCCACCACCUGCAUCCAAAGAAUUGCAAAAGAAAGAGAUUCUUGACACAGGCAUUAAGAACAAGAUUGAUAAAGGACACCGAAAUGACAAAGCCCACAAACUCCGACAUCACAAGGCUGACAUGGUCAGGCUAAAGGACCUUACCACCCAUGAACUGUCAGUGGAGCAGCAGCUCUACUACAAAGAAAUCACCGAAUCGUGUGUUGGACCUGAUGAAUCUCGAAGAGCGGAAGCAUUACAAAGCCUGGCCACUGAUCCUGGUCUUCAUCAAAUGUUGCCUCGCUUCAUCACGUUUGUUUCAGAGGGAGUCAAAAUUAAUGUUGUGCAGAACAACUUAGCUUUGUUAAUAUAUUUGAUGAGGAUGGUCAAGUCUCUUCUUGACAACCAGACUUUGUAUUUGGAGAAAUAUCUACAUGAAUUGAUCCCAGCUGUGGCCACUUGCAUUAUCAGCCGACAGCUCUGUCUGCGGCCAGAUAUGGAUAAUCACUGGGCCUUGCGUGACUUUGCUGCUCGACUUAUGGCCACCAUUUGCAAGAAUUUCAGUACUAAUAACAAUAACAUUCAGGCCAGGAUGACAAGGACUUUUGUGGAGGCAUUGCAGAAUGACAAGGUUUCCUUGGCAACACAAUAUGGGGCUCUGGCAGGGCUUGGAGAACUGGGGCAGGAGGUGAUCAGAACAUGCAUCUUGCCUUACCUUAGUGGACUAGGAGAGCGCAUGAGGUUGGCAACGGAGGGACCCAUCAUUAACAACGUGGACAAGAUUGCUGCGGAAAAUAUUAAAAAGCAGCUUUCGAAAUAUCUGCCAUCAGCACUGAAGUCCUCAGGUGUACCAGAAACAGUGGAGGAUUACACCACCAACUACGGUUACCUGGGGCCUCUGCUGCUCAGCUCCAUCCAAAAGGAGCGGCAGGUCAGCGUUUUGCCCUCACUGGUACCUGCCAGACCCACGCUACAAAUUCAACAAGCUGGUCGGACCUCUCAACAGUUUGUUAUCCAACAGCAAGGUAGUGCCUCCACACCAGUCACUCCUUCUACCACCUCCUUCUUUUCCACAAGUGCCCAAGGACAGACACCUCGCACCCCCAGCACUCCUGGCAGUGCGGGAGGACAACAAAAGUUUGUCAUUGUCACAACGCAGCCACGCCCGACCUCAUCAGCAACGAGCAUGCUUGGCAACAGCUCAAAUGGCAACACCUCUACACCAACCAUUGUCAAGCUGGUUACAACGUCACAGGGAGUGGUGAACACUGCCCCCACUGUACAGGCAAGUGGUGGUCAGAAGAUAGUUGUCAUCAAACAGGAGCAAGGGGUUAUCCAGUCCACUCUUGCUUCGUCUGUUAUUACCACACCUCAGUCCUUGGUUUCUGCACCAGACUUGGGGGUCAAAAGCAUCUUCAAUCAGGGCAUUUCAUUUUCUGUCAAGGCUGAAGAUAAGUCUUGACACAUCUAGUUUUCGGAAGAAGGCAGGCUAUAACGGUGGAAUUUCAUUUCUUGCACUCACAGUGUGACAGAGCCCACUCCCUGGAUCUGAUAGAAAUGUUUAUGAUGACCCACAGGAAAUAAUGGGCAGAAUGGAUGUAUACUGAAGGUACUUAUGGAUACUGUAAGCAAGAAGACAUUGAGAAUCAUUGCAGCUUCAGCUGCAGUUUUUUUUUUUUUUAACAUCAUACAUUUCUUACUUUGCAUGCUGCACUGCAGCAUUUAAUUUUGUACAUUGAUAUUCAUGCGGUCAUCAGAUUAGGGUGAGGUUGUUUUGUUUUUUUUUAUUGCCUCGACACAUUGUGCUUGAUGGCAAAAGACAGUAUACCACUUGUCACUGCCACUUGUUUUACUUUCAUGUAAAAUUUUCUCUGACCAGAUCGUAAAGGACAUGAGCAUUUUCUGUGCAUGUAUUAUGGGAGAGGACAGCUAAUAUCCUCCAGGCGGAAAAAGAUUCUUGAGCUAUUCAUGUACUGGGCUAAUCUGGAUCUCUUUUGUGACUUAAGGUUACAAUUAUAGUUAUUGUACAGAAUUGUAAUACAGAUUUUACUCAGUUGUCUAUAUAUGUUCUGAAUACAGAUGCCAAGAGAAAAGCAACAGUCUUAUUAUGUUUGUAUAUUUUGUAUUUAAAGAGAAUGAUGUCAGAUUUUAUGCAUUUUAUUACCAUUGUUCAUUGUUGCUUUGGUUCUUCAAACUCUUUCAUUAACAUUAAAAAAGAUACAUUUAUGCUAACA